AUGGAUCUGUUUGACGAGAAAAAACAGCAGCGACGUGCUGUUAGAGAAAAGGUGUUUGCGCUUCGUCACCCCGAACUGGCAAAUGAAGGCAUAAGUUCGUACCGUGACAAUCGUUUCCAGGGUACACCAAAGCAACUCGAUGAUGCCCUUCGUAGAUCGACUACUGUCUAUGUCGGAAACCUGUCGUUCUACACUUCUGAAGAUCAGUUGUAUGAACUGUUUACCCGUGCUGGAGAUGUGAGACGUGUUAUUAUGGGCCUUGAUCGCUACAAGAAAACUCCAUGUGGAUUCUGUUUUGUUGUAUAUUACACCCGCCAAGAGGCAGAGAAUGCUGUACGUUUCCUGAAUCGCACGGCACUGGACGGCAGAACAAUCAGAGUCGAUUUUGACGCAGGUUUCGUAGAAGGACGCCAGUAUGGUCGUGGAAAGCACGGUGGACAGGUACGCGAUGAGUACCGCGAGGGUUACGACUAUGAUCGCGGCGGAUACGGCAGAGACAGACAGGAUAGAGAGGACGCAGAGUGA